UUCACAUAUACAGACCGCUGGACACACAUGCUUUUUUAUUUAAUGAUUAACAGCUGAUUCAGGAAGAUUUGGAAUAAAUAUGCACUUUAAAUGCAGUUAGAAUGGCACAGGUUGGUUCAGGAAGAUCGUAACAGUGAAGAGCUCAGGGUUCAAAAGCCCACCAGGACGUCUCAGGAAGCAUGGAGGCUUGGUAUAGCUGCCUCCGGAAUCUGAGCAUCUUUAAAUGGUUCUCCUGGCUACGUUUACGAGGUCCUUCUUCAGUCAGAGCAUGUGUGUGUGAUGUCUAUAAGUCCCUGGCCCCAUUAAAACUUUACACUGCUGCCCUGGUGGUUGUGGUCAUGUACGCACUCGCAGAUCAACUCCACAACUUCGUGUGCAGGAUCUUAGUUCCGCAGUACCACUACCCAUACACUGCACCUUUUGCCCUCAUACAGGUGUUCCUGAACAUCCUGGCAUUGCUGGCUCUGCACAAUCUGGGGAUUGUGCACCUGAAUCCCUUCUCUCGGAAGCUAGCCGAGCGGCUUAUGGUCCCCGCUGUGUGUGGUGGUGUCCAGGGCGUUCUUGCUCUGUGGGCUCAAGCAAGUGCAUACUCGGGCUUGUACCCCCUCACUGAAUGCCUCCUGCCACUCUUUAGCCUGGCAUGGGGUCACCUCCUUGGAGUCAACAAGCCUAAGUCAGUCCACUUUAUCUGCCUGCUCACAACGCUCACUUUCAUCUCUAUUGGAAUUACAGGGUAUAAGGGGGUGUACAACAUAGAGCCUCUGGAAUAUUUCUACUCUCCUUUAAACGUGUUCCUCCAAAGUCUCUCCCUGGCCUGGCUGUCUAAAGUUGCCCAGACUGAGCAAGGCCAUGCUACGACUUUUGACAUCUACUACACCCUGAAAGUGACCCAAAGUGUGUUGCUGUUACUGCUCUGUGUAAUGCAUCCAGACACUCCACGAGCAAUCACGCAUGGCAGCUGGCACACGCUGCUCUUCCUGGGAUACAUGUUGGCCGUGUUUCUCCUGGGCUCCGUACUGAGUUUUCUAGUGGACUUUACAGCCCUGAGGCUCUCGCCGCUCUCGGCUGCUCUGCUACACUGCGCCAGAGGACUCGCAAUGCCAAUUGUUAACUUAUUAUAGCAAGCAGACAGUCACGGACAUUUUGGAAUCUGAUCUGUUUCAGUAGAUAUUUAUUAAUGAAUUAUACUUGGCGAUGCACCAGUUUUGAUUACCAGGUCAAGGUAGUGAAAUGAGGUUUGACAAGCAACAUAAUGGUAAAGAAAACCAUUGCAGCCUUUGAGUGGAAAAGUUUGCCCCCCCCACCCCUGUGACAGACAGUAUUUUAUUAUUUUGAUGUCAAUUAUAAAAUGUAAUCAGGGAGGAGGCAAUAAAAGGUUAUAUGUAACCUAAGAAACUUGGUGAUGUAAUCGGCUGUGUCUUGAGGUAAACAUGCAGACAAGAUAAAACCACAAAUGAUUGA